CUCUUCCUGUUAUCGAGAACAACCACAAAUCAUGUCCAAAUGAGAAUUUAAAGCGAUCCGCGUAGGGAAAUUCCAUGCCUCGGGACCUGUGUCAUCUAAUUAUAGAAUCGGAGGAUGCAUAGAAAGGUGUAAAAACCGCGAGGUUUACGAAAUGGCAUACGUGUAAGCUUGACAAAAAUCCCGGAGACUCGCUUCGAUAGUCGUGCGUAAUCAACACUUAACGGGGUACCAUCUAGCUCUUUGACGUCAUAUCACCGGCCUGUGUGCGAACCUUUCGCGAUCAUCGACUGAGAUAAAUUUCGGUCGUUUCUGCGUUCGACGCUCAUUCGAUCCGGCACCGUUGACAGUCGGAGUCUCUCGAGGUGCGGGCGUCCUUCAACGUCUAUCAGUCUAUCACUCUGACACCGCGAACCGGGCUGAGCAACCAGUUUGUUCACUGGCGAGGAGGUAGAAACGUUAUUGUGAGAAACAUGUGCGAGGUAAACAAUUUGGACGAGUGUUACAAAGUUGCCGAAGAAUUGGUCUUGUACGCAGGAAAGAUAAUAGAAGAUGGCAUCGACACUAAGAAGAACGUCAAAAGUAAGGGAAUCGACUGGGAUCUUGUCACAGAAUACGAUCGCAAGAUAGAGAACAAAUUGAUAAAACAGUUGUCUGCGCGAUUCCCAUCGCAUAAAUUUAUUGGUGAAGAAACGGCAGCGAAAGAAGGUCGCUUACCACAACUGACCGAUGAUCCUACGUGGAUAAUAGAUCCGAUAGACGGUACUACCAAUUUUGUUCAUCGUUUCCCGCAAACAUGCAUCUCUUUAGCGCUAUGGGUGAACAAAGAGGCCGAGAUUGGGAUAAUAUAUAAUCCUCUCAUGAGGCAAUUCUUCUCUGCAAGAAAACAUUGCGGCGCUUUUCUCAAUGGGAAGCCUAUAAAAACGUCAGACGUGAGAGAUGUAUCUCAAUCAUUAGUGGCCAUGGAACCGUGGAUAGCGAAAAAUCCUGAAUAUUUAACCAGCAUAUACAGUAGAAUGCAUGCUUUGAUACAAGGCACUCAUGGGAUAAGAUCGCUAGGAACAGCAGCGCUCACAUUGUGCUACGUAGCAAUGGGAGCUGUGGAAGCGUAUCAUAUCGAGAGCAUAGAUGCUUGGGAUGUUGCAGCCGGGAAACUGAUAAUUGAAGAAGCAGGUGGAGUUGUGAUAGACACUGCUGGGGGAGAAUUAGAUAUAAUGACACCAAGAGUCAUAGCAGCUUGUAAUCAACAAAUUGCACAGCAACUUGUGGAUCUUUUCAAAGAAGCUGAUUCUGAGAUAGUUAAUAAAAAUUUUAAUUGAAGAGAGAUCACUCAUGCAAUGUAUGUUUUAUAUAACUUUUGUUAUAUAAUUAAGCAUAUGCUUUUGUAUGUAGACUUAAAGACACAGUAUUAUUUAAUAUGACUAGAAAGAGCUCCCUUUGUAUUUACAAUCAAAAUAUUGUAUACUAGAACUGAA